AAUCGAAAGUGAGGUAACCUUACCGGCCCCGAAACGCUCGCCCCCACAUGCCACCACGGCCCGCACUGCACGCGCCUCCUCCCUCCUCCCCCUCCUAACCCUAGAAUCUUCCAGAAUCAGCGGGAAGCAGGGAGGGCGAGGCGCGCGCCGCGCUUCCGGAAGCUUCUAGAAGCUCUAGGGGGGAAGGAGCCGAGAUGGGGACGUCGGAUCUGGACCGGCAGAUCGAGCAGCUCAAGCGGUGCGAGCCGCUGGCGGAGGCGGAGGUCAAGGCGCUCUGCCUCAAGGCCAUGGAGAUCCUCGUCGAGGAGAGCAACGUCCAGCGCGUCGACGCCCCCGUCACGAUAUGUGGAGACAUUCAUGGACAGUUCUACGACAUGAAAGAACUUUUCAAAGUUGGAGGUGACUGCCCAAAGACAAACUACCUGUUCCUUGGGGAUUUUGUCGACCGAGGAUUUUAUUCUGUUGAAACAUUUUUGCUUCUUUUGGCCUUAAAGGUUAGGUACCCAGAUCGUAUAACUUUAAUACGAGGAAAUCAUGAGAGCAGGCAGAUCACACAAGUUUAUGGCUUCUAUGAUGAGUGUCUUCGUAAAUAUGGCUCGGUGAAUGUCUGGAGAUAUUGCACAGAAAUAUUUGACUAUUUAAGUUUGUCUGCACUUAUUGAGAACAAAAUCUUCAGUGUCCAUGGAGGCCUUUCCCCUGCUAUUACGACACUGGAUCAGAUCAGAGUAAUAGAUCGCAAGCAAGAAGUGCCUCAUGAUGGUGCCAUGUGUGACCUUCUUUGGUCUGAUCCAGAGGAUGCUGUAGACGGCUGGGGAUUAAGUCCUCGAGGUGCAGGGUUCCUCUUUGGUGGAAACGUUGUCUCUUCAUUUAACCACUCAAACAACAUAGAUUAUAUUUGCCGUGCUCAUCAACUAGUCAUGGAAGGAUUCAAGUGGAUGUUCAAUAACAAGAUUGUUACUGUAUGGUCUGCUCCUAACUAUUGCUACAGGUGUGGCAAUGUUGCUGCAAUCCUAGAGCUUGAUGAGAACUUGAAUAAGCAGUUCCGUGUAUUUGAAGCUGCUCCACAUGUUCGUGCUCAUGACUUGAAUCAAGAGGUGUUCCUGCCAAGAGGCCUGCCCCAGAUUACUUUCUUUGAGACUGCACACAUGGCAUGUGACACGCUGUCUUUUCAUGCCCUUGAGCACCAGCGGGCCGAUAGGGGGUAUUGAAGGCGUGCCAUGUUGGCAGAUGGGCGCGUGCUUUGCAAGAGAUUAGCCAGGAGGUGCUUUCGGGAUGUAUAAAUCGAUUGUUCUGUGUCCGUCCAGGUCUAUUGUUUGUAACAAAGUUGAUGUCGGUAUCCACUUCUCCCCAAAAUAGCUCCAAUUUGAGCUUUGAGAAAAUGCCUCCGAGAAGGGAGUGGUGUAGAUGAAGCCACUCUGGGCCCAUGAUGUAAAAUUUUGAUGCCAGUCCCUUCCUCCCCUGGGAAUCCGUACAUUUUCUAGAAUGUAGAAUGGUAUGCAAAUGUGUGCCUUGAGUUUACCUUUUAGUUGCAUUGCAGGCAGCUGUAGGAAAUCUUGUAGUUUUGAUGUUUUGCAUGGAAGUAUUCUGAGGAAGCACA